AUGCGUAACUGGCGGGAGAUCAUGGCGGCUAACUUGGAAAUUGAACUGCAUUGCAAAACCUCUAACUGUAUUACCGCUGUAAGUUUUCAUGGAGGUACCUUGACCAGGUUACCUUUGGGCGCCCCGCAUGAUGCAGCGGCUGACAAUGGUGGAAUGGUGGUAGUUUGUGGGACAUCGGAACCUAGUGGGCGUGAACCGCUUGCCGGUCCAAGCACAUCUGCAUCUUUGGAAUAUCCGCCGGUUCCCGCUGCAGCCGAACGUCGCAUGACAUGUAAACGCAAAGCUCCUCUGACGCUGCUGCGCAUGGGUAUUCCAGCAGGCUGCAGUGAGCUGUGCCUCGCAUUUCGGAAGGCCGCGUAA